AUGACGGUGGAGAAGCAAGUGAAAGUCAGCAGCUCUGCUGUGCGCUAUGGAGCGUCCUAUGGAGGGAACAAACUCUUCUCAGCGGGCAGAAGCAGCUUUAGGGCCGGUGGAGGUGGAGGUGGCUUUGGGGGUGGCAUUGGAGGAGGGAUUGGUCUCUCUAGAGCGGCUGGGCUAGGAGCAGCAGGUGGAUACAGAGGUGGCUUUGGUCUGGGUGGUGGCGCUGGAUUUGGUGGAGGAGCAGGCUUUGGGCUUGGUGGAGGAGCAGGUUUUGGAGGGGGCGCAGGAGCAGGGUUUGGAUUAGGUGGUGGCAUUGGAGGAGCAGGAGGUAGGCUUGGAGGAGGAGCCGCUGGGAUCUUGAGGAGCCGCCUUGGGGGUAGAGGUUUCAAAAUAGGUAGCUAUGGCUUGAGCCCUGGGUUUUUACUCGGUGGUGGUAGGCCAGGAGGACUUGGGGGACUUGGGGGUCUCGGGGGGUUUGGAGGGCCGGGAGGUGUCCCAGGCGUGUCUGACAUGCCAUCCAUUGACCCAUCCCUACCAUCUGUGGACACCGUCCAGGUCACCCGCAUGAAGGAGAAGGAGGAACUCCAGGGACUCAACAACAAGUUCGCGUCAUUCAUUGACAAGGUCCGCAGUCUGGAACAACAAAAUACCAUUCUCAAAGCUCAAAUCAACCUGUACAACCGAAGUGAUCCAAACGGACCAGUGAGCUCCUCUGUGGUCUCCACCACUGCCGUUGCUGGCUACAAAGCCUACAUUGAAACCCUAACACAAACCAAAUCAGCAUAUCUGGCUGAAAUUGAUCACUACAAGCAAGUGAUCGAAGCAGUGCAAGCCAAAUAUGAUGAAGACAGUUCAAGCACCAAGUCCCUGGAGGCAGAAUGGACUACACUUAAGGAGGAUGUUGAUCACCUAUACCUGACAAUCUUUGAUUUACAAACCAAACUAACAGGAGUUGAAGACCAAAUAAAUCUAUCCAAACAAAUAUAUGAUGCUAAAGUCAGAGAAGUCCAAACCCUGGUGGCCGGUGGCAACAAAGCCGCCGUUUCCAUUUCAUUUGACAACUAUGCUCAAGCUGUGGAUUUGACAUCCGCCAUCACUGACAUGAAAGCACAGUAUGAAGUACUGGUGGCAAAGACCAAACAGGAAGCCUUUACAGCAGCCCAGAACAAGAUUUUCUUAGCAUCAGGCUAUACACAACCGUCCGUACAUGUGCUUACAGCCCACAAGGAAGAAUACAGGUCAAUCAAACUACAGGUUGACUCAGUACAACGCGAGAUUGAAAGGGUUAAACAUUUGAACGUUCAGCUGGAAUCUAACAUCUCAGAAGCAGAAAGCAGCACAAGUAGUGAAGUUGACACAUACCAAGAACAGGCUGCAGCACUGAAGUCUCAGUUAGAUGAUAUUAGAAAGCAAAUUGCUCACUAUGGCCAAGAAUACCAGGAACUCUUGGCAGUGAAGAUGGGAUUAGAUGUAGAGAUCACAGCCUACAAGAAAUUGAUGGAUAGUGAAGAGUUAAGACUUAGCAGUGGAAGUGGCAUCACAGUACAUGUGUCCAAAUCUAGCUAUGGUGGAGGAGCUGGUGGUGGAGGUGGACUUGGAGGUGGACUUGGUGGCGGAUAUGGAGGUGGACUUGGUGGCGGAUAUGGAGGUGGACUUGGUGGCGGCCUCGGAGGUGGACUUGGUGGUGGCUACGGAGGUGGACUUGGUGGCGGCUCGGGUCUCGGAGGUGGUCUCGGACUUGGCCUUGGAGGAGGAUACGGUGGUGGCCUUGGUGGUGGAUUAAGCCUGGGUGGUGGUGGUUAUGGAAGUAGCUUCGGUGGAGGAUUACAGUUUGGAAGCCUGAAUUCCAGCUCAUUAUCCACUUCCACUUCUUAUUGAAGACCAGGAACCUGCUAUUGAAGAACAGCAGCUGUUGUGAAUUUCUGAGAAAUCCCAAAGUACAACCUUGCUGAGAUACAUGAUCCCAGCUGGAUUUUUCUCCAUGCAAAAUUGUUAUAUCUGCACUUAACGAGCUUCCUGAGAAGACAUCACUGCUUUAAGAUUAUCUACUUUUUUUUAUUUCUAACCAUGGGAAUUUGUGUUGUAUUAUUUUUGUUUGUAGCAGUUCUUUAUUCUUCUUCCUGUGCAAGCUUGUGGUGAUUUGGUUUUUGCUAUUUUAUUUUCCACUUAGUUCCUGUUCCUUUUCCGUAAAAUGGUAAACUAUACAUGUAACCCCCCCCCCCCCCCCCCCCUCCCCAUGCUUGCCACAUAAAUCUCUAAUUAUGGAUCUGUAGGAAGUUUAGCCUAAUCUGGGAUUUAUCUCUUUGGACUGCUGAACAGACAAGGGCAGAUAUCUAUACUGUAUGCCAGGCUAACAGUGUGCAAUAAUAUGAAUGCAUGGCUGCGGUAGACGUGCUGCCAAGACAUAAAUAUGCAACUUCCAGAAAUAUGCGUCAUGCAUUGUUUUAAAUAAAGGAGUGUGUUCUAAUCUCACGCGAAGUCCUUGUAUCAAGAGAGCGUUUAGCAGAUCCCUGAGCGAUAUAAGGGCUUUGUGUUAUAACACACAAAAAUGUAAAGAAAUCAAAAUAAAAAAGCAUUUGUUAAACAUUUGUGUGUGAGAAGUCAGUCCUGCGUGUGUCUCUUUAUUAAAACAUAAUGAAAAACGAUUUGACGUAUCUAUUAUACAGGGCUGGUUCAGCCAUUAGGCAAACCUAGACGGUGGCCAGCUGCUAAUGGGCAUGGCAUAUUGUGGCACAUACAGUUUCUUGUGCGUCGGCUGUACAAUCGCAUGGA